GCGGUUCUGGGGAGCCCAUCGCAGCCUGGGUUUUGCCGGGGAGUCCUGCGCCGCCCGCUCCCUGGGCGCAGCACCACGCAGGGUCAGGCCGUGGGCCGAGGGCUGCUGCCAGGUGUGCUCAGUGCCCCCCUACCGGGGAGCCCCCAGGUUGCGCCCUUCCUAUGGAGCGAUGCGGGGCUCAGCCUCGCAGCGCAGGCGGGACGUGACCCGGUGCGGAUUUCAACCCAUCCAUUCUUAGCCUCUGCCCUUUCCCGGCUGUAACACGACCUGACGGAUGGCCGCGGCUCCUUCGGCCCCGGUCUGGCCGGUUUGGGGACAGCGAGGUGACGCGGUGUGGCUGAGCAGCCUGAAGUGCUCCUCCACCCAGACAGCAGCAGCAUGUCUACAGAAAAACUGAAGCACCACAAGAUCAUCUUUGUGGUGGGUGGCCCCGGCUCGGGGAAGGGCACGCAAUGCGAGAAGAUUGUGCACAAGUAUGGGUACACUCACCUCUCCACUGGGGAUCUGCUCCGGGCAGAGGUCGGCUCGGGCUCAGAGCGGGGCAAGAAGCUGCAAGCCAUCAUGGAGAAGGGCGAGCUGGUGCCUCUGGACACGGUGCUGGACAUGCUGCGGGACGCCAUGCUGGCUAAGGCAGACACCUCCAAGGGUUUCCUCAUUGACGGCUACCCCCGCGAGGUGAAGCAGGGAGAGGAGUUUGAAAAGAAGAUCGGCCCCCCCACGCUGCUGCUCUACGUGGAUGCGGGGAAGGAGACGAUGGUGAAGCGGCUGCUGAAGCGGGGAGAGACCAGCGGGCGGGUGGACGACAACGAGGAGACCAUCAAGAAGCGCCUGGAGACCUACUACAAGGCUACCGAGCCCGUCAUCGCCUUCUACAAGGGCCGGGGCAUCGUCCGCCAGCUGAAUGCCGAGGGCACCGUGGAUGAGGUUUUCCAGCAGGUCUGCUCCUACCUCGACAAGCUGUGACGGCCCCGCGCCCCCCACCCUGCGCUCCCCCCGCACGCGCGGGGCAGAGACAGCGGAAGUGGCCUUAUCCUGUUUUCGUGGACAGAGCCGCGCGAAGGAAAUUUCAAGGACAUUGUGUUUGGCUCUUUCCCGUCUCUCCCCAGUAAAGUUCACUUUAAUGA